GGCAGCGAUGGCUCGGAGCUGAGCGCCCCGCCAUGGCCGGCGCCCCCGGCCCGCUGCGCCUGCUGCUGCUGCUGCUCGGGGCGCUGGGCAGGGCCGGCCCCCGCCCCCAGGGCACUACUGUGUCCCUCUCGGAGACUGUGCAGAAGUGGCGAGAAUACCGUCGCCAGUGCCAACACUUCCUGGCUAACUCUCCGCCUCCGGCUACAGGCGUGUUCUGCAACCGGACGUUUGAUGACUACGCUUGCUGGCCAGAUGGACUGCCCAACUCUUUGGUGAAUGUCAGCUGCCCCUGGUACCUGCCCUGGGCCAGCAGUGUGCCUCAGGGCCACGUGUACCGGUUCUGUACGUCUGAUGGCCUCUGGCUACAGAAGGACAACUCCAGCCUGCCCUGGAGGAACCUGUCUGAGUGUGAUGAAUCCAAGCAAGGGGAAAGAAGCUCUGUGGAGGAGCAGCUCCUGUCCCUCUAUAUUGUCUAUACAGUGGGCUACGCACUCUCCUUCUCUGGGUUGGUGGUCGCCUCAGCCAUCCUCCUCGGCUUCAGACAUCUGCACUGCACACGGAACUAUAUCCACCUGAACCUGUUUGCAUCUUUCAUACUCCGGGCUCUGUCAGUCUUCAUCAAGGAUGCAGCCCUCAAGUGGAUGUACAGCACCGCCGCUCAGCAGCACCAGUGGGAUGGCCUUCUUUCCUACCAGGACUCUUUGGGUUGCCGUCUGGUAUUUCUGCUCAUGCAGUACUGUGUGGCAGCCAACUACUACUGGCUCCUGGUGGAGGGUAUAUACCUGUACACACUGCUGGCCUUCUCUGUCUUCUCUGAGCAACGUGUCUUCAAGCUCUACCUGAGCAUAGGCUGGGGUGCUCCUCUGCUGUUUGUUGUCCCUUGGGGCAUUGUCAAGUACCUCUAUGAGGACGAGGGCUGCUGGACCAGAAACUCAAAUAUGAAUUACUGGCUCAUUAUCCGGCUGCCCAUUCUCUUUGCCAUUGGGGUAAACUUCCUCAUCUUUGUGCGGGUCAUCUGCAUCGUUGUGUCCAAGCUGAAAGCCAACCUUAUGUGCAAGACAGAUAUCAAGUGCAGACUCGCCAAGUCUACUCUGACACUUAUCCCCCUGCUGGGGACUCAUGAGGUUAUCUUUGCUUUUGUGAUGGAUGAGCAUGCCCGGGGGAUGUUACGCUUCAUCAAGCUAUUCACAGAGCUUUCCUUCACCUCCUUCCAGGGGCUGAUGGUCGCCAUCUUGUACUGCUUUGUCAACAAUGAGGUCCAGAUGGAGUUUCGGAAGAGCUGGGAACGCUGGCGGCUGGAGCAUUUGCACAUCCAGAGGGACAGCAGCAUGAAGCCCCUCAAAUGCCCCACCAGCAGUGUGUAUGCAGCCACCUGCCAGGCUUCCUGUGGCUAAGACUCCCUUACCCGGCCCACCUGCAACAAGCUUGCUGCUGGCUAGGCAGCCCUCCCAGGUGGGAGAGAAAGGAGAAAUGCACAUGCAGCCCCAUGGUCCCUUCCCAAAUCCAUCAGACAGGCAAAUAGCCCUGCCUCCUGGGACCAGUGGACACAUUUACUAUGAGGAGAAGCAGCCUGCUAAUUUGAUCACUCUGGCUGGAGGAGAGGAAAAGCAACGGCCACUGAAAUGAGGAGGAUUUCUUCCCAUCAAGCACCAGGCCCCUGGGGUCUCCCCAGACAGAGUAGCCCAUCAGUCCAAGCUCAAAGUCAAGGUCAAUGGCCUAUUAGUGAAAGCAGGGUAUGCAGAAGGCAGGGCUCUCCUAUCCCCACAGCCAAGGGCACUGCUGAGGGAAUUCUAGCCACUCUGCAUUGGUCACACAUGGGGUCAUCACCCCAUCUGUCUCC